AUGUCAGACAAAGCGCCCGAGCCGGUUAUAUCCAAAGAGUUUGGUAGGACAACCGCGACUGAUCUUGUCUCGACCACUGACAGUGGCAUCGGUCAUGAACUUCAUUUUGUCAGACGCGGCGAGGCUCUCGCAGAAGCUUCAUCGAGCCAAGAAAGUAUCGAUGGCUACGACCCGGAUCUGAUGAGUGGCAGGACACUGCUCACAGCACAAGAAGAGAAGAAGCUGCUGCAGAAAAUUGACUGGCGAUUGAUGACACUCUGCUCACUUAUUUUCAUGUUUAAAAAUUUGGACGGCAACAAUACGUCCAACGCUCGGAUCAUGAAUAAGGGAACAGACCAGAAUAUUAUGACACAGCUCGGAAUCACAUCUAACGAGUACAAUCUUGUGACAGUUCUCUACUAUGUCCCAUAUAUUGUGUUAGAAGCACCCUCAAACCUCCUACUAAAGAGAUUCUCUCCUUCAAAAUGGCAGUCCAGGAUUAUGAUUAGCUGGGGUAUCGCUCUGAUGUGCAAUGCUGCCGUGAAAAACAAAGGAGGAUUAUACACUACACGAUUCUUGCUGGGCCUGGCCGAAGCUGGACAGUUCCCCGGUGUUAUUCUCCAGAUGACAUAUUGGUAUCGACCAGAUGAGAUGUCCUUGCGACUGCUCUAUUUUUACAUUUGCGGAAACAUCUCAGGUAUCUUCGGCGGUCUUCUUGCCUACGGGUUUGACACCGUGUCUGGCGCAGCAGGACUUUCCGGAUGGCAAUGGUUGUUUCUCACGGAGGGUAUUGCGACCGUGAUCUUUGGUGUUGCCAUCGCCUUCCUCCUCCCUGACUUUCCUGAGACAGCGAAAUGGUUGACUGAGAGAGAGAAGAAGUUCAUCCAAGCUCGACUGCCAGCUAAUGCUCCUCGCGCCAACGAGCAAAACUUCAAAUUCCGUGAAGUCAUCGAGUCAGUGAAGGAUGUGAGAUUGUGGCUAUUUACAUUGAUUUGGGCUACCUUCACAGUUGGAACUAACGGUGUGACUUUCUACCAAUCGACUGUGAUCGCGAAUCUUGGUUACACGACCGUUGCUCAAGCACAGCUCCUCAAUAUCCCAAUUACAGUUUGUGGACUCUUAUUCAUUGCGGUCACAGGCAUCGCAGCAGACCGCAGUCGUAUACCCCGACCAUUGUACCCACUUUCUUUCCUUGUCGUGAUCAUAAUCUGUUACGGCGUCUUUGUGGCAUAUCCGAGUACCGGCGCUGUGUACGCCGUGACGCUGGUUGGAAAUGCCCUACAUGCUGGAUGGUUCCCAGUGAUGUGGCCAUGGCGCGUGCAAACCACUUCACGAGCGACGGGAUCUGCGUUUUCUAUUGGGUUCGUGAACAGCUACGGCCAAAUUGGAGGUGCCAUCGGUCCGCAGUUGUUCAACAGCAAAUACGCACCACACUAUACAGUGCCUUUCUCCGUGGCCAUGGGUCUAGUAGGUCUUUGCUCGAUUUUGACGUUGAUAACAUGGUGGGUAACUUGGGACACGGAGCGUGAUACUAGACGCCUAAAGCUUGCCAAAAUUGCGGCAGAGAAAAGGGGCGAGACGAUUCUGGAAGAUGUUGUGGACCAUGACUUGAAGACUCAUUGA